CUGCUGAAUAGACCUUCUCAGUUGGCUGUACACUGACAGUAGCGUUUCAGUGCUUUUCCUCUCAUCAGACCCACGCUGAGGUAACACAAUAGAAGAUGAAAUAUGCAGGAGGCUUCUAUUAAACACAGAAGAUAGCAUGGAUACAAACUGCUGACUGAGGAAGAUGAAAAGUGGCUGCUCACGGAAAUGAAAAUUGUCUCGGACAUCUAACGUUCCUCGUUUCCCGACAUGUCCCAUUUUGUUCAUCUCCUACAAAGAGAGAAGCGUGCUGACUCUCCUGAUUUAAGUUCCAAGGACCAUGAUAUGGACGCGGACAUGUGAAUUACUCGAUGAACGAUUUCUCAAAAUGUGUCAUUAAUGAGGAUUUAAGUGUGAAGUGGCAUGUUUCGUGUCCUCACAGCGGGACUGAGCUGUUUUAGCCCCACCCGAAUCUCCACCAAAGAGUGGCCUCAUGGAUAUUUAAAACACAAAGUAGAGGCUUUAACAUGACUUGAAGUACAAAAAGCACACACGUUCAGGAGAACCUUCGUAUUUUCGUAUCUGAACGAAAUUUAUCUUUAGCAGCAGAUGCUUGACCAAAUUACAGGUUCUCGAGCUGGACCGAAAUGUGACUUGUGAAUGAAAAGGCGUAAUUAGGGACGAUCGGAUCUGUUUUGGAACAAGAUUAGCAUUUAAGAGAGUGUUGCUCAUUUAGACGAAACGUUCUGUUCCCCAUUUUAUAUCAGAGUCAGCUUUAGCAAGGACAACACUAACAGCUAAGAUAAGUAACGUCCAAGAUAAAAACAAACAUGUCUAUAAAACCGUGACAUACUAGACUAUAUUUUAGUUGAUAUGUGAAAUAAAACAGUUUUGCUGAAGACAACACAGGCAUGUUGAUCUGCUGUUCUAGUUUAUAUCAACCUAGCAAAGCCUAGGCACGCUUUUAGCAUGUUGCCUCACUUAAUAGCUUUAGCACUGAUCUCACUAACUGCGUAGUCAGUGUUUUGUCCUGUCAGUGUGUUAAGUCGUGUGUAUAUGUAAAUAUAUGUGUGUGUGACUCACACUUUCACACUGUAUUUUGGUAGAAAUGUUUCUCAGAGGAUAGCUUCAGCAAGGACUAUAAGAACUGUUUGACUGAUUCAGCUUGAACAUUAGCUACGACAGUGGUAACCCCUCGUCUAAGAUUAUGGAUACGACUCUACAUGUGUGAUUAUGACACUGGUUUGUUCGAGAUGUUUCGCAGAGGAUUGUUUUUGUGGCUCUCGCGUGUCUGUGGCGUUUUAGUCCUCGUUUGCUGCCUUCUUUCUCUCCUCUAUGUCAUCACUUGCAACCCUCAUAGCGAUGACCCCUUGGUGGCACCCAGGCUGGGAGUACCAGGCUCUCCGCGAGGGCCCGGGGUUCCUGGCGUGCUCAGCGGCGCCCCCUUGGGUUCAUCAAGCCACGAAAACUACCAAGCUUUGCUUCAGGAACGUGAGGAACAGCAACGGCAGCACAUUUCCAGCUUGAAGAAGCAAAUCGCUGAACUGAAGGAAGCCCUGCAGGAGCGGGUUGAGCGGCCGAAGGAGAUUCAGGAGAAAGCGAGCAGCGCAGGAACCGAUCUGAACGAGUUUCUCCGCACCCAGCUGGGCCGGGCAGAGAUAAGUGCAGGUGUCCGCUUGCCAAAUGAGUAUGCUGUGAUACCAUUUGAGAGCUUCACACUGCAGCGUGUCUAUCAGCUGGAGACGGGACUCACGCGCCAUCCUGAGGAAAAGCCGGCGAGGAAGGACAGACGCGACGAGAUUAACGAAGUGGUGGAGAGCGCUGUGCACACACUGAACUCACACAAACACAAUAUGGGAGAUAAAUUUAGCGCAGAGAAGGUGUACAGCAUGGCUGACUUCAUUGAAGGUUUAGCACGAACGGAGAAGGAUAAAGGAACACUGUACGAGCUGACAUUCCGUGGAGAUAGGAAAAACGAGUUCAGGCGUCUGGUCCUGUUCCGUCCCUUCGGACCGAUGAUGAAGGUGUCGAACGAACGCGUGGCGACGUCUCACACCGCCAUCAACAUCAUCGUACCGCUCUCACAGAGAGCCGACAAAUUCAAACAAUUUAUGCACACCUUCAGGGAGGUGUGUAUAAAGCAAGAUGGACGAGUGCAUCUCACUGUUGUCUACUUCGGGCAAGACCAGAUGAAUGAAGUCAAAGGAAUCCUGGAGAACACGUCCAGAGAGCUGAAUUUCCGUAACUUCACGAUGAUCCACCUGAACGAGGAGUUUUCCCGAGGCCGAGGUCUGGACGUGGGUGCCCGAGCAUGGAAAGGAGGGAACGUCCUGCUGUUCUUCUGUGACGUCGACAUCGUCUUCACUGCUGACUUUCUCAACAGCUGCCGUCUGAACACACAGCCAGGGAAGAAAGUGUUUUAUCCCAUCCUGUUCAGUCAGUACAAUCCCGCAGUGAUUUAUGGAGGCAGUGAUCACAUCCCGCCUGUGGAGCAACAGCUGGUGAUUAAGAAAGACACUGGCUUCUGGCGGGACUUUGGUUUCGGGAUGACCUGUCAGUACAGAUCCGACUUCAUCAACAUAGGUGGAUUCGAUGUAGAUAUUAAAGGAUGGGGCGGUGAGGAUGUCCACCUCUACAGGAAGUACCUGCACAGUAACCUGCUGGUGAUCCGCGCUCCAUCCCGCGGUCUUUUCCACCUGUGGCACGAGAAGCACUGCGCCGACGAGCUCCUGCCUGAGCAGUACAAGAUGUGCAUGCAGAGCAAAGCCAUGAACGAGGCAUCGCACGGACAGCUGGGAAUGCUGCUCUUCCGACACGAGAUCGAAGCUCACCUGCGCAGACAGAAGCAGCGAAGCGGCGCCAAGAAAGCCUGAAGCGUGGACCGUGGUGAUUUUUUUUACAGGCACGCACGAACAAACAAAAAAUACAAUGGAUGUGAAUUACACGGCUGUUCUGCUUCUGUGCUGUUUUAAUCACACACGUCUCCUGAGUGACGAUUGUUUCGACUCGGGUUGUUUCCGUGAAGCUUGUGACAUUGAAAGACGAUAGGCGAGUGGUCAAAGGGUCAGCCGUGCUGUUGCUAGGCAACCGGAAACAUGGACGACAAGCAGAAGCUAGCCGAUGCCUGAUGGAAACGAGCUAGCACAUAGUAUUUUACAACGUAAUGGCACAGAAACACGACGGAAAUGUCCGUCAGCAACGUCUAAACAAUCGUUCAGUCACAACUCGUGGAUGAAUCCGACUCUCCUCGGCGUCAUCAAUGAUUUAUACUGUAGUUUUUUUGUUUUAUUUCGUUUUCCUCAGAAUGCUGGCCGAUAUAGAAAACGUCCCAAACGCUAGAUCACAGAAGCCAUCCUAAUAAUAAGACAUUCCUUUAAUUUUCUUCCAUUUUUUUACACCAUGCUUAUAAGGUAUUUAUUAAAAAGUUCAAUGUUUUAUAUUUUUAUCCAUUUAUAGUUUAUAGAAGAAAUGAUACAUGCGCUAAACGAACUCUAAACAGCCCUCGGUGUCAGAAAAGUUACAUCUUUAGCUCUGUCUGCUACAAAGCGCUGACACUGGAGACUCCUUCCAUAAAAUAUGAAGUCAAUCUCCUCAUCAACAAAAAUCACUUGUUGCCAUAGAGAUGAGAGACAGAGACCAUUAAUCAACACCUUCAGAGGCCACAGAGACCAUUAAUCAACACCUUCUGACCAAUCAGAAGACGAGAAUUCAACAUUGUCUGUAGUAAAUGAAAGCAUAAAGAGAGCUAAUGACCUGGGUUUGGUUUUUGACGAGUGUGUUGAUGUACACACUAAAUCAUUAGUCCGUUAGCUAGCAAGCUGCGGUGACUCUACAUUUAGGGCAACAACACCACAUGAUCUGUAUAUUACUGCCCUAAAACACAUUUUCUUCAUCAGUGUAAUACUAAUGAUUUUUAAUGGGAACUCUUCAAACAAACACUAGCGUUUGGGAAGUUUUAAACCUAGAAGCUGAAGAGACUCAAUAGUAGCGUGUUAUUGUGUUAUGGUGCCCUCUUUUGGUCAGUGGCGGAACUGCAGCUAAUGUUUUGUUGAAAUGUUUUAAUGAAAUAUAUUAUUUCUCUCCUGAAUAACAAGUCUUCUUGGUGAAAUGUUAAAUAACCAAGAUGAUCAAGUUACAGAGAAACGCAUCAUGAUCAUUUCUUAAUAACUGGUACUAUAUGUCAAUGUUUGUUUGUUUUUAUUUUGACAAUUUGAGACGAUAUCCCUGUCUAAAUAGCUAUUCCAGAUACAAAGGCGCACGUCACGUUAGUCUCUUCAUGAUCUGGACUGUGUUGCACAAACCCUGUUGUUGAAUUAAACGCCACCCUUAAUGUAAUGCUACGUAAUGUAAAGUACAAAAUACUUCAUUUUAUUUAUUACAUUUAGAUGAAUUUUUCACUUGCUUUUGAAUCGACUUCAAUUAUCAUGCACUCUAUAAUAUCAUUUCUUCGGUCAUUCCAACUAGGGAAAGUUUCUCUUACUAGUGGUCCAUGUAGAAUUGCUAAGAAAGCUAAGAUAUUUUGACUAGACAAGAAGGGGUUUUCUUCUGAGGUGGUGCAAACUAUCAAGAUAGUUUAGGUCAUUUGUAAACAUCUGCCAGGUUCUGGGUUUUGAGAGGAAAAUUUCGUCCCACACACAUACCCAGGUAAUAGACACGCUUUUAGAAACUGUUCUCCAAGAGGUUUUGGGUUUUUCUUCCUGUUUAUAUUUUGGAUUUUUAUCAUUUUUGGGUUGCUUUCACCAAGGAGUUGAAACUUCGGGAUUCAAAAUAGAUUCAAGCUGAAUGUAUUUAGAAAUAUAGAUUUUUUAAAAAUCCUAUAAAGGAGAAUUGGCAUUCAAAAACUUUCUUAAUUUGCUUUGGGAAUUAAUGAGAAACAAUUACAUGUUUGGCAUGUAUACACGGUUUGCUGAAAUUUUAGACAAUCCCAUUUUCUCGCCUUUAAAUAUAACGAUUUUUGACACUUGCUGAAGAAAAGUAGAAUUUUGCCAUGCAGAGAGACUUAGUCUCUAAAUUUUAAUAAGUAUUUUAAUGAAGUAAAAAAAAAAAAAGCACUUAUAGUAGGAUAUUGCAUGUAAUGACAUGUUCAGUGUCUUUACAGAUUUAUACAUCAAAUUUAUCAAUCCUGAUGUGUUUUUCAUCUAUGUGUUAUGUCUCGCUGCCUCUACUCCUUUCAGCCCCCAAAACAGGACACUUUACUGGAUUUACACCAUGCUUUAUUACCAUUUAUUCCCCAUUUUGCUUUUGUCAUUUACUUCAGAUCUGAUUUAUAGUUCAGAGACAGAAUGAAAACUAGUCAAACGAAUCUCUAUAUACAAGGAUUAAUACGCACAAAGGUAUUUCUCCAUUGUCUCGUGAAGGUGAGAAAGGGAGAAAUAAAGAUGAAAUGAACCAUAUUUACACUUUGUUCCAUACACGUGUUUAUAUUAAGGUGUAGAUCAGUAACAACCGAGAGGAUGUUCAGUUUUAUGAACCACAAGUCUCAUAACACCAGUUAAAGUUCUGGUCACAGUCACAUUGAGUACAUUUAUUGAUGUUGUUUAUGUCCGAAUUGGGGAGGAAAAAAGCAUGGUUUCUAUCUGAAGUGUUUAAAACUGGAUGUCCUGAAGGGAUAAACUGAUGUUCACUUUGUCCUGAGAUUCGGUGUCAUCUUGUUUGUGAAUGGGAGAAAAAUCAAUGUCUGAAGCAGACAUUACAACAGUAGCAGUAGAUAUGACGAGUGGUUCAGCGAACUAUGACUUUUAAUUUGGUUUUUCUUAUACUGCUAUGUGGGGAUUUUACUUCAUUUCUGCUUCAGAAAGAAGAAUUGUGUUAAAAAAAAAUGAGGUUUAUAUUUUAAAAGAAGUCGUGUGCGGACUAUUUUAAUUGUCGUUAACGAUACAACAUGUGACAACAGUGACACCUAGUGGCAGGAAGAAGAAGCAUGAUUUGUGCGGUUAGAAAAGAAGGUCAUAAGCUCAAAUCCCAGCACAGUGUGACCUUUUUCUUCAUCAUGUUUAACUCUUCAGCUUAGUCCUGGGAUAAGAUUUCAGAUAAUAAUCAUCUGCCAAGGACCAUUCAGUGUGACUGGGAUUUGUAUUAUUAUUAUUUUUGUUUUAUGCAUAAUGAAUGAUUAAAUAAGCCAUAUUUAACAUUGAUUGGACGUCCUCUGACACCGAUUUGGAUCAUUUCAUUGCCUCUGAGACAGGAAAUGUAAGAACGGGACGAGGAAAAGACAAAGUUUAGGAUGUUAAGACAAUAACUGAUGGGCAGAUGGAGUAAUGUAGUGUUUAGCUUCCCGUAUUUAACCUAUAAAAUAAGAGACUUCUAUUUAUUUAUCUUAUACAUUAUUCUUGAAGCAUUUUGUAAAAUGGAAAAAAAAAAACCUUUGCACAGAAGAAAUAUGAAUAGAUUCCUACAAUUCCUUUAAUAAUAAUAAUAAUAAUAAUAAUAAUAAUAGAGUUAUAUACAGUAUGCUUGUGUAACACACUGAGCUUCUCGGUGUGUUUAGGUGACUUUUUAUGGCAGAUUGUUCUGAUAAAUACUCAUUUCGACGGAAUGGAUUGAUUUUGUAAGAUGAAUUUUCAAAGCUUAUAUUAUUGUUGGGUUUUUUUUAAAGUAGAUCUGUGGACACAGGGAUGAAAUUGAAAUUAAAAUAUUCUAAUAAGAA